GCUUCCCCACCAGCAGCGCAAACCGCCGCCCUGGAGCUCUGCAAUCUCUCGGAUCGUCUGCUAUUACCGGAGUAGCCUUGGUAAAGAACGAGUACCCAAAAGUAAUACGGCGGUGCUCACAAAAUGUCGUCAAAACGGAUAAAACUGGCGCAUGAAAAGGCCAAAGCGCCCAAGCUCAAAGAAGCGGGCGGCCAGGAGCAAAGACAGGAGCAGUCGCCUCAGACUGACGAUUCAGCAACCGUGGUGGACGCCGCAGCGGUACCGUCCUCGACCGCCGCUGAGGUGCCAGCCAAGACAUUCAAGGACCUUGGUAUCGUUGAUCCUCUCUGCGAAGCUUGCGAGGCCCUUGGCUACAAGCAGCCGACUCCGAUCCAGACCCAGGCCAUCCCGCUCGCCCUGCAAGGUCGCGAUGUCAUCGGAAUCGCCGAGACGGGCUCCGGCAAGACCGCUGCCUUUGCCCUACCUAUUCUCCAGUCCCUGCUCGACAAGCCGCAGCCCCUCUUCGGCCUCGUCCUGGCCCCGACGCGAGAGCUAGCGGCACAGAUCGGCCAGGCCUUCGAGGCGCUGGGCUCGCUGAUAUCACUCCGGUGCGCGGUCGUGGUCGGUGGUCUGGACAUGGUCUCACAAUCCAUCGCCCUCGGAAAGAAGCCACACGUCGUUGUUGCCACUCCUGGUCGUCUGCUUGACCACCUAGAAAAGACCAAGGGGUUUAGCUUGCGCUCGCUCAAGUACCUCGUCAUGGAUGAAGCAGACCGCCUGCUUGACCUCGACUUCGGCCCCAUCCUCGACAAGAUCCUCAAGUUCCUGCCCCGCGAGCGGCGGACAUAUCUUUUCUCGGCAACCAUGAGUUCCAAGGUCGAGAGUCUGCAACGCGCUAGCUUGCGGGAUCCGCUCAGAGUCAGCGUUAGCUCAAAGCGCGAGAAAACAGUCGCAACGCUUCUGCAGAACCCCUUGAUCAUACCACACAUGCACAAGGACGUCUAUCUCAUCUACCUGGUCAACGAGUUUGCCGGUCAGACCACCAUCAUCUUUACCCGCACCGUCAACGAGGCGCAGAGGUUAUCAAUCCUGCUACGCACACUAUCCUUCGGCGCCAUCCCACUGCACGGUCAGCUGUCGCAAUCCAUGCGCCUGGGCGCGCUGAACAAGUUCAAGGCUAAGUCACGCGAUAUUCUUGUUGCUACCGACGUUGCAGCGCGUGGUUUGGAUAUUCCGGAAGUCGACCUUGUCAUAAAUUACGACCUUCCUGGAGACAGCAUGACAUACAUCCACCGUGUCGGUCGGACAGCACGAGCCGGCCGCUCGGGCCGGGCCAUCUCGAUUGUUACGCAGUACGACGUCGAGUUGUGGAUGCGGAUAGAGAAAGCCGCCCUAGACGGGCGCAAGCUGCCGACGUACCAGCCGGAUAGAGAGGAAGUCAUGGUCUUCAAGGAGCGUGUCGAGGAGGCCCAGCGCGUGGCACGAAACGAGAUGAAAGAGCUUCACGAAGACAGAGGCAAGAAGGGCGCAGUGCUCAAGGGCCGCAAGCGCGGUUCGGCUACGAAGAGACGUCACGACGGUAUGGACGCCGAGGAGGGCUAAACGGCUCUUUGGCUGCUCAAUCGUUUACUUUUAUUGAUUACGGCGCAUCGUUGCAAACCGUCUGUAUUCUGGCUCUUGUUUCCCGGAUGACUUUUUUUCCUUCCUCAUGUGGUCCACCUCCCAAAAUUUGCCUCAAUUGGGUCGACAGCUUCGAUUUGCCAGCGUCGCGUGGUGACAGGCGGCGAAUAUCCGGGUCAGUUCAGAUACCUACUUGACACAAUAGACCAAUCAUGACCUUGUGUACAUUGAGGAACAAGAACCAAAGUCAAUCAAGACGCCUGGCAAGGCGCCAACAUCAAGUAUUAGCGGCAUGGUGAGAACGUAGUUGGUAUGCAAAACGUCAUAAUUUCGCAUUGUCUAUGUCUAAAUAUUGAAACACAAUCGUUUCCUCAUCAAUGACUGGGUACAUUGUCUUUCACCGGGCGUCGGGAGCAUCCCCUCCCGAUACAG